AUGAAGGACCUGGACCUGGAGGCCCUGUCCUUUUCGCAGGGCAGCCACUUGAACAGCAACAAGAAAGUGGUGCUUCCGGAGGGGACGUGGCGGGCCCUGAAGAAGGGCUACGAGGAGGUGCACGUCCCGGCCGUCAAGCACGUCCCGGACGCGAACGAGCGGCUGGUGGAGAUUGAGGAACUGCCCGCCUGGACCCACAGAGCCUUCGAGGGCAUGACCAUGCUGAACCGGGUGCAGAGCAAGAUGUGCUCCUCUGCCCUCUAUUCCUCGGAAAACCUCCUCCUAUGCGCGCCCACGGGUGCGGGCAAGACCAACGUGGCGAUGCUCUGUAUCUUGAACGAGAUUGGGCAACACCUGCGGGAGGACGGGAGCGUGGAUUUGGACGCGUUCAAGAUCGUGUACGUGGCGCCCAUGAAGGCCCUCGUCCAAGAGUGCGUCUUGAAUUUCGGGAAGCGUCUGGCCCCGUUUGGCAUCGCGGUGCGGGAGUUGUCGGGGGACCAGUCCUUGACGCGGGCGCAGAUCAACAGCACGCAGGUGAUCGUGACCACGCCGGAGAAAUGGGACAUCAUCACGCGGAAGGCGGGCGAUCGCACUUACACCCAACUGGUCCGCUUGAUGAUCAUCGAUGAGAUCCAUUUGCUGCACGACGAGCGGGGCCCGGUCUUGGAGAGCAUCGUCGCCCGCACCAUUCGGCAGAUCGAAACCACGCAGGAAAUGGUGCGGAUCGUAGGCCUGUCGGCGACAUUGCCCAAUUACGAGGACGUGGCGACCUUCCUGCGGGUGAACCCGGACAAGGGCUUGUUUUUCUUUGACAACAGCUACCGGCCCGUUCCCCUGCAGCAGCAGUACAUCGGGAUCACAGAGCGGAAGGCCAUCAAGCGCUUCCAACUCAUGAACGAGAUAUGCUACGAAAAGGUACUGGAACAAGCGGGGCAGAACCAGGUGUUGAUUUUCGUUCACUCCCGGGCCGAGACCGCUAAAACCGCUAAGGCGUUGCGGGAGCUGGCCAUCGAAAACGACACAGUCGGGCAGUUUGUGGCUGAGGACGGGGCUAGCAAGGCGGUGCUCGUACACGAGGCGGAGCAAACCAAGAACGAAGACCUGAAAGACUUAUUGCCCUAUGGCUUUGCCAUCCACCACGCCGGAAUGAACCGCGCGGACCGGACAGCCGUGGAAGACUUGUUUGCGGCCAAACAUGCCCAAGUCUUGGUGUCGACCGCCACCCUGGCCUGGGGAGUGAACCUCCCCGCGCAUACGGUCAUCAUCAAAGGCACGCAAAUCUACAACCCGGAGAAGGGACGGUGGACCGAGCUCUCCCCCUUGGAUAUCAUGCAAAUGAUGGGGCGGGCCGGGCGUCCCCAGUACGAUUCCUCGGGCGAAGGGAUCAUCAUCACCCAGCACUCGGAGCUCCAGUACUACCUCUCCCUCAUGAACCGGCAGUUGCCCGUCGAGUCCCAGUACGUGAAGCGCCUGACCGACAACAUGAAUGCGGAGAUCGUCCUGGGCUCGGUACAGACCCUCCGAGAAGCCGUGCACUGGCUGGGCUACACCUACCUGUACGUGCGCAUGCUUCGGAAUCCUACCUUGUAUGGGGUCGGGGUGGACGAGGCGGAGAAGGAUCCUCUACUGGAACAGCGACGAACCGACUUGGUACAUACGGCGGCCAGCACGUUGGAUAAAAACAACCUGAUCAAGUAUGACCGGAAAACGGGCGCGUUUCAAGUGACUCCGCUUGGGAGGGUCGCGGCCUACUACUACAUUACCCACCAGUCCAUGGCCGUGUACGCUGACUAUCUAAAGCCAACCAUGAGCGACAUUGAGCUCUUUCGCCUCUUCUCUCUGUCGUCGGAGUUCAAGAACAUCCACGUGCGCGAAGAAGAGAAGUUGGAACUGGCAAAACUGGCGGCCCGGGUGCCCAUCCCUAUCAAGGAUUCUAUAGAAGACUCGCUUGCGAAGGUGAAUGUCCUCCUGCAGGCCUAUAUCUCUGGCCUCCGGCUGGAAGGCUUUGCUCUGGUCGCGGAUAUGCAAUACGUCCAGCAGUCGGCGAAUCGCAUCAUGCGGGCUUUAUUCGAGAUCUCGCUCAAGAAAGGUUGGGCGGCUUUGGCGGACAAGACUUUGAACCUGUGCAAGAUGGCAGAAAGGCGUAUGUGGCUGUCUCAAUCCCCCCUCCGACAGUUUCGGGCAAUCCCCGAAGCGAUCGCUCGCAAAUUGGAGAAGAAGGACAUCCCUUGGGAAAGGUAUUUCGACAUGACUCCACAAGACUUGGGGGAGCUCAUCAAGCUGCCUCGGAUGGGCAAACCCCUCCAUCAAUUUGUCCACCAGUUCCCGAAGGUCGAAUUGUCCGUCCACGUGCAGCCCAUCACGCGAUCCUUGCUCAAGGUCGAGUUGACCGUCCAUCCGGAUUUCAUCUUCAACGUGGACGUGCACGAGAACGGGGUGCUCUUCUGGAUCAUGGUCGAGGAUGCGGAUCAAGAACAGAUCCUACACUAUGAGCCCUUCCUGCUCAAGGCGGCCUUUGCCGGCGACGAGCACGUGGUCAAUUUCACUGUCCCCAUCCUCGAUCCCCUGCCGCCACAAUAUUUCGUCCGGGUGGUGGCGGAUCGAUGGCUGCAUUCCGAAACAGUGCAAGCCAUCUCUUUCCGCUCUCUGAUCCUCCCGAACAAAUUUCCGCCGCACACGGAGCUUCUGGAUCUGCAACCCCUACCCAUCUCCGCCCUCCGGGCCCCCACUCUCCUGGAGCCCGUGCUUGCCGCCCGUGGGUACACGCACUUCAACGCACUCCAGACUCAGGCUUUCACAGAACUCUACGAUACGGACAACAACGUUUUGAUAUGCGCCCCCCCGGGAUCGGGCAAAAAGCUCUGUGCCGAGUUUGCCAUGUUCCGCUUGUUCAAGCUACAGGUUCUGGCAGAGGGGGACGGGGAAGGGCAGGGUGGGAAAGUUGUGUACGUCCACAGCAAGGCGGAGGCGGUGAAGAAUCGAUACGCCGACUGGGCGAGCCUGUUGGGAGAGAAAGGGCCCUUGAACAAGCGCGUGGUGAUGUUGACCGGGGACGCCACUUUGGACAACAAACUUUUGGAAAGUGCCGACGUCGCCGUUUCUACCGCCGAGGCCUGGGAUGUACUCUCCCGUCGAUGGCGGCAGCGGAAAGCUGUGCAACAGGUGUCUCUGUUCAUCUCGGAUGACCUGCACUUGAUCGGGUCAUCCGGAGGCUCGACAUUGGAGAUGGUGGUCAGCCGGAUGCGCCUUUUCCCUUUUGAAUUGGAACGAAAGGUGCGGAUUGUGGGCCUGGCGGCCUGUGUGGCGAAUGCGAAGGACAUAGGGGACUGGAUUGGAGCCACGGCGCACGGAUUGUUCAAUUUCCGCCCCGAUGUGCCGGGCGUGCGGCCCGUGCCUCUGGAGAUCCAUGUGCAAGGUUUCGAGAUCUCGCACUUCUCCUCAAGGAUGCUGAGCAUGGCCAAACCUGUGUAUAACGCAGUGGCGGGCCACGGGGGUAAGGAUGGAAAGCCCUCUCUGGUCGUCGUCCCUUCCCGCAAGCAAGCCCAGCUGACGGCCAUCGACUUGAUUACUUACGCGGCGGCCGCUGGAGACCCGAAGCAAUUUCUGCGGGGAUCUGGAAAGGAGGAUACGGAGGACGACGAGGGGAUGGGCAAAGGCGUGAAGGAAGUCGUGCUUCGGGAUACGCUCGCCAAAGGGGUCGGCUUUGUCCACCAAGGGAUGGCAGAGACCGACCGUCGGCGGGUGUGGGACCUGUAUGAGGCGGGGAUACUGCAGGUGGUGGUGGUCCCCCAGUCUAUGGUCUGGUCCGUGACGGCCAGGGCGCAUGCGGUGGUGAUCAUGGGCACCGAGUACUACGAAGGACGGGAGCAUCGGUACGUCGACUACCCCAUGACGGAUCUGCUCCAAAUGAUGGGGCUCGCGUCCAGGCCUGGGAAGGACAGGCUGGGCCUGUGCGUCGUGAUGUGCCACAAUACCAAGAAGGAGUACCUCAAGCGACUCCUUUACGAACCGCUUCCGGUAGAAAGCCACUUGAACCACUUCUUGCACGACCAUUUGAAUGCCGAGGUGGUGAACAAGACUGUGGAAACGCAGCAUGAAGCCUUACAAAUUUUGACCUGGACCUUUUUCUAUCGGCGCUUGGUGCAGAACCCCAACUACUAUGGCCUUCGGGCGGUGGGCUCUAGGCAACUUUCUGAAUUUUUGUCAGAUCUGGUUGAGAGCGUGGUUGAGGACCUGGCCCGCGCUAAGAUGUUGGAAGUCGAGGAGGACGUACAGCUCUCUCCCUUGAAUUUGGGAAUGAUUGCGGCGUACUACUACGUGCAAUACACUACGAUCGAGCUUUUCGCUUCGUCUGUCACGGCCAAGACGAAGGUUAAGGGCCUGCUGGAGAUCCUUUCGUCCGCUUCCGAGUAUGGGGACUUGGCGAUCCGACAGGGGGAGGAAAGGGUGCUGCAGCAGCUUGCCACACGCUUGCCCCAGAAACUCCCAGAAGGUGCACGAUUCACGGAGACGCAUGUGAAAGCCCUGGUUUUGCUCCAAGCCCAUUUCUCUCGCAUGGUCCUACCGACAGAGUUGCGGCAAGACCAACGGUCAGUGGUGGGGGAAGCGCCUCGGAUGCUGCAGGCGUUGGUGGACGUCGUCUCUUCGGAGUGCUGGCUCAAACCCUGCAUUGCCGCUAUGGAGCUGUGUCAGAUGGUGGUCCAGGGCCUAUGGGACCGGGACAGUUACCUCUUACAGAUCCCGCAUUUUACCAAGGAGAUCGUCAAGCGUUGCGAAGCACUUGCAGAUCCUGUGGAAAGCCCGCUUGGGAUCUUGGAAUUAGAUGACGAUGUCCGCGAGAAGCUGCUCCAGCUUCCCCCCGCAAAAAUGGCAGAUGUGGCUAGAUUUUGCAAUGCUUAUCCAAACAUUGAUUUGGAAUGGGAAGUGGUGGGCGGGGUGGACAGUGUUGUGGCAGGAAAGCCGAUCAGUGUCGUGGUAACCCUGGAGCGUGAAACCGAGGGCGGGGAGGAAGAGGAGGGAGGCGUGCCUGUGACAAAGCAAGUGGUGGCCCCUCUUUACCCGAAGCCCAAGAUGGAGGCUUGGUGGUUGAUCGUGGGAGACCCCGCCAGGAACUCUCUAUUGUUUAUCAAGAGGGUGAACAAUGUGGCAAAGCGAACGCGGACACGGCUGAACUUUGCGGCCCCCACAGAGGCGGGCGAUCAUGAUUUGAAGCUGUACUUCAUUUGUGACUCGUACAUGGGAGCAGAUCAGGAGUAUGACCUGUCCCUCUCUGUAUUGCCGGGAGAGAGCGACGAGGAAGAGAGUGAAAGCGAAGGAGAAAAGAUGGACGUGGACAAGAAGUAG